UUAGGGAUUUGAGUUUUUUUCCCCUGUCGUCAGUAGGUGGCGGUAACGGAGCUUUUGGGCCUUCGCCAAUAAACACCAGAAAAGGAGGAGGAACCCUGAGGGUUUGUCAGAGAGCGGUGACCGUGAAGCAUGUAGCUGGAAGAUAGCUGUGCUUAAACCAGUCCUUUGAUUAAAAAUGUGCUUUUGUUGGAGCCCGUUUCAUUUGCUCAGCACGCUCACCACCACAAUGCAGAAUCUUUGGGAAGAGAGGAUUCUUGUCCACCUUCUCCCUGGAUCGCCUUUUGCCUUUAUUCUGGCAGUAAUGCAGCCAGGCUGGACUGGAGAGCCAAAGCCCAGGGGAACUCCAGGUGACACCCCCACCCGUGAGUGAAAGGCGACGGGGUUGGUGGCCCUGGGGCCAGCAGUGCUUUCUGCAACAUGCUUUCUCUGCUUGUCCCCUCAUGUAUAUUUAUAGAGUGACUGGCUGGGCAAGUUUAUGACUACAGGUGUUCAUUUGAUCACUUUCACUUAAAAAUGAUUUUUUCCUACAACAAAAUGAUACUCACCCUUCCCCCCUCCUUAACAAGAACAAGAAAGCCUAUUUUAUUGUAGAAGCAAAUUCCAUUGUAUUCCUUAUAGUAGUAAUGAUGCUGAUUUGUGUGAAUUCAAAAUGCAAAAAGCAUGUAAUUGUACUUGCAAGCACACAAAUAUAAAAACAGUGCUGGUAAACAAUUGUCUGUUGAUCCUCCUAACAUAUGAAUGCGGAAGCACCUGGUGUGGCAGUGGCUGUGGAACACAAGAGAAACGUUAAUUGUUACUUCACAGUGGCCAUCUAAAAGAGGGGCUCCCUGUCAGACCCCCAAGUUCAGCAUCUAAAACUACAUCGCUGACCACUGACUGGCCCCACUCCCGGGUUUUUAGUAACAAGAGCCAGCACCUUUUUCUAGUGAAAAUUUUCCCUGCAUGCUUAAUAUGUGCUUUACACAGCUAUUCAUAGCACAGCAACGGAGGAAGUAAAAAUGGUUGGCAACUAUAGUGGUAACCCAAAUAUUCAUGCUCAAGUCUUUAACAGAAGUUGAAAUUGGGUGAGACUUCUAGUUACAGAGUUGCUAAACAUGAUGUACCAUCCGCCCAAGAUAAUCUCAGAUAAUCUGGCCUUAAGUUUGCUCAGUUGUCCGAUUGUUUGUUGAACAAGCUACGUGCAUUUUGAGCUCAGGUUGGAGGCCUUGGCUGCAGUCAACAACUCCUUAAGAGUACACCCAGCUGAACAUAGUGAGACUUCCUUCUAAAUAUACAUGCUUAGUGCUGCACUUACUAGGCCAGUACUGUCAAACCCAGCAGGCUCUGCUAGAGUCCAUUCCUGCCCUUCUAACUCUGCACAAAUAGCAGGUGUUUUUAAAAUCAUACAUUGUCAGCCCUACUUAGGAAACAUUUUGGGGCUGGUUGGCUACAGCACAUUCCUAUAUGUUUCACUCAGGAAGUAAGUCCCUCUAAAUUCCUUAGGACUAACUGUGAAGGAAGUGCACCUAGGAUAGUAAUUGUACACCCUGGUCCUGUAAUCCUGUAAAGUUUGGAGGAAAUGUAGAUAGGGAUGGAGCCUUAGCCAACAACAGCAGGAUCUGGGAACUGUAGGAAAAAAAGAGAUGAAAUCUUUGUGCACAAUACUGCUUUCCUAAACAAACGAUUUGUUCCCCAAUUUACUUGAGCAAAAUAGCAUGCAAAUGCCUUGCUUUGCCUACACAAUUAUUUUACAGUCAGUUCAGAUUAAUAGAAAUUGAACAGCUGCUCUGCCUGGCAUGAGAGAGGCUGUUUGUACCAGAAAAAGCAAAGGUCCAAAGUGCCAAAAUCAUUCUAGCCCACAUCCCACUGCUCACAGUGCCACCUCCCACCCCUCAGGAAUUCAGGAAUUUUUCUUGUGCAAACCAGUUGAGCAAGGCAAAAAAAUUGAGGAGACACAUUUCGGAGCUUGGAUCUUCAGUUUUCAUGGCCUCCCGCCCAAAUCUUUCACACCUUCUCCCCAAAGCCCGGCUGCAUCAGCUGGCCCGUGACUGGCUGCAGGAAGAUGCCCCUGGCUUUGACUAUGCCGGUUAUGCCGUGGGCGACCAUCAGGAGUGUGCGACGCUGCUCUGCAAGUCACCAGGAGUCUUAGCUGGCUUCCCGUUCUUCGAAGCAGUCUUUGCCGAGGUGGGCUGCACCGUGGAAUGGCGUCAGUCCGAGGGGGCCUGGGUUGAACCAGUUACCCAAGUAGCUGAAGUCCAUGGGCAAGCCAAAGAUCUCCUGCUGGGCGAGCGAGUGGCCCUGAACUGCAUCGGCCGCUGCAGCGCUGUUGCCACAUCAGCAGCAAAGGCGUGUCGGGCGGCGGGAGAAGCUGGCUGGCAUGGAGAAGUGGCUGGGACAAGGAAGACCACGCCUGGCUUCCGCUUGCCGGAGAAACAUGCCCUCCUUGUGGGAGGAGCUUCCUGCCACCGUUACGACUUGGGGAGCCUCAUCAUGUUGAAGGACAACCAUGUGUGGGCAUCAGGGAGCAUCACACAGGCCGUCCAAAGUGCCCGGCGUGUUGGAGGCUUUGCUCUGAAGGUAGAAGUGGAAUGUUGCUCGUUGGAAGAGGCUCUGGAAGCAGCAGAAUGUGGCUCUGAUAUUAUCAUGUUGGACAAUUUUGCUUCUGAGGACUUGCAUCCCACGGCCAGUGCCUUGAAGGCCUCCUUCCCCCAUGUGACAGUGGAAGCCAGUGGGGGAAUCACCGAGGAUAACGUGGCCCGCUUUGUGGGACCCAACAUCGACGUGGUCUCCCUCGGUUGCCUCACCCAGUCGGCCAAAGCUGUAGAUUUCUCCCUCAAGAUCUGCCGGGACCGGGUGCCCAAGCCACCCCUGCGAAAUUUUGUCUUCUGAGCCCUCGAGAUGGGAGACACUUAAAGUCCCAGUAAAAUCGGGGGAAGGUUGUUCAGUGGGGUGUGAAGGAGGUGGGGAUGCCUUCUAACCUGAUGCCUUCAAGAUGUGUUGGGCUACAACUCCCAUUAUCCCCAGCCAGCAGGCCCAUUGGCCCAGGUACCGACCUAUGCCUCAUGCCUGCACCCCGGAAAGAUCCAGAGCAAGUGACAGGGUGUGCCCUAGCAGUCCUUCUGCCUGUUCUCUUCUUCCUUGGACUUGCCUGGAGCAGUGUGGCAGCAAAGUGGAAUCUACCACGGUUUCCCCUGUUCUCAGAGCUUCUUAAAGAUACAGGUGUGAUUGCUGCAUCUCAAGUGGCAACUAAAAUGGGUGGAGUUUUUUCCUGCUGCACCUCCUUGCUUCCUGUUGCUGGUGGUUUUGGUAAGCUAGCCAAUAA